GGUCGAGUGAAAUAAACACGGGACGUUUAACGUUCCUGUACGGUACGUUAAACGCGAGUACGCAAACAACGAUUGAAUAAACCAGAUAUCUUGAAAUAAAUAAAUUACAAUGGAAACGAUUUUAGAGCAACAGCGUCGAUAUCAUGAGGAGAAAGAGAGACUUAUGGACGCCAAAACGAAGGAGAUGCUCACGAAAAAACCCACGCUGAGAGACCAGAUCAACUCUGAUCAUCGAGUGAGAGCUAUGCUGGAUAGGUACAUGGAAGUGAGCGCAAACCUCAGAGACUUGUAUGAAGACAAAGACGGUAUGAGGAAGGAUGAGCUGAACGCGAUCUCAGGACCGAACGAGUUUGCCGAGUUUUACAACCGACUCAAACUGAUCAAGGAGUUCCACAGGAAGCACCCGAAUGAGAUCUGUGUGCCCAUGUCAGUGGAGUUUGAGGAGCUCAUGAAAGCCAAAGACAACCCCAGCGAGGAGGCACAGAAUCUGGUGGAGUUCACUGAUGAAGAGGGGUACGGACGCUACCUGGAUCUCCACGACUGCUACCUGAAGUACACCAAUCUCAAAGGAGUCGAGAAACUGGAGUAUGUCACUUAUCUGUCAACGUUCGAUCAGCUCUUUGACAUCUCUAAAGACAGGAAGAAUGCAGAGUAUAAGAAGUGUUUUAUAAAUGUGUGUGUGUUACAGAAAGAGACGAGUAGUGCUCUGACUCACGCUGGAGCCCAUCUGGAUCUGUCUGCCUUCUCUUCCUGGGAGGAGCUGGCGUCUCUGGGUCUGGACAGAUUGAAGUCUGCUCUCAUGGCCUUGGGUCUCAAAUGCGGAGGCACACUAGAAGAGAGAGCCCAGCGUCUGUUCAGCACUAAAGGCAAAUCUCUGGAGUCUCUCGACCCCUCACUGUUUGCCAAAAACCCAAAAGCCAAAGGACCAAAGAAAGACUCGGAGCGCAACAAGGAAUCUGCUUUUCUUGAAGCUCAGAUUUAUGAAUAUGUGGAGAUUUUGGGGGAGCAAAGGCAGCUGACCCAUGAGAACGUCCAGAGGAAGCAGGCGCGCACAGGAGAGGAGCGAGACGAAGAGGAUGAAGAGCAGCCCAGCGAGAGCGAGAGUGAAGACGAAGACAAUGAGAUCAUAUACAACCCCAAAAACCUGCCGCUCGGCUGGGACGGGAAGCCGAUUCCAUACUGGCUGUACAAGCUGCACGGCCUGAACAUCAAUUACAACUGUGAGAUCUGUGGGAAUUACACGUACAGAGGACCCAAAGCCUUCCAGAGACACUUUGCAGAGUGGCGUCACGCUCAUGGCAUGCGCUGUUUGGGCAUUCCUAACACUGCCCACUUUGCCAACGUCACCCAGAUUGAGGACGCAGUGUCCCUCUGGUCAAAGCUGAAGUCACAGAAAGCAUUAGAGCGCUGGCAGCCGGACACAGAGGAGGAAUAUGAAGACUCCAGCGGAAACGUGGUCAACAAGAAGACUUAUGAGGAUCUGAAGCGACAGGGUCUUCUGUAGCUCAACAAACAAGAGUCUGAACACACAAAACACUCACAGCGUGAAUACUGAAGCAGAAAUGUGAAAGAGUUUCGUCCUCUUGUGUUUCCCACAGUUUGGGAGGAAUUUGAUUUGUCUUUUUGAGAAUGAGCAGUUUGUACAUUUGUAUUAAUCUUUCAUUAUUCCUUAUUUUUGCAUUUACUGUCUUAAAUGUGAAACAGAGACUUUCAUUAAUCAAUCAAGUUUAGUACGUUCUGUGAACAAUGUUUUCUUGAGCAGCCUGCUGUUUUUAACCAGUCUGGAGACUUUAAACCUGCUGUAGAAUAAAAUCAAACAGUGAGAUGGUUUUACUUCAGCAGCAUCUGUCACUAAAAUAUAUUCAGACCCCUUCAUUUAAUGUUGCAGUCUAAUGCUAAAAUCCUUUAUUUUUCAUUCACAUCAAUCUACACUCCAUACAUCAUAAUGACAGAAAAUCAGAUGUGAUGAUUGCAAAUGUGUUGAAAGAAAGAACAAACAGAAAAACAGUGUCACAUUGACUGAAUUCAGUUCAGAAGCACCUCAUUUCUCUGAAUCAUCAUCGAGAUUAAAAAUACAAUUAUUAAAAUGCAGAUUUCUGUAUUUCAGUGUUGAGUCCAUCUUAUUAAAGCUCCUCUUGUGUGUAAUAAGAGCACAGCUGUAUCAGAUUAUGAAAAUACAAAGCCAUUCCAGAGACAAAGAGUUUGACUAAUUUUAUAAUCAAUAUUAGAUUAAUCUGAUGAAAAAGUAUUCGCUCAGUUAUAUAGUAUUGUAUAAUUUAUGUUAAGUUCAGCUCUAGUUUUGUUUUAAAGGGGUCAAGACAGAUUUCUUUCUUUUGUCAGUAUGUACCUUAAGGUUUACUUCUGUUAGUAAUGUUAAUAAAGUGUUUUGCUAAAAAAUUAAAUAAAUGUAGAUAAUUAUUAUUUUCAAACCUUAU